AGAGUGUGGCUCCAGCCGUGCCCUUGAUAAAUUCUCCAGCUGAGCGCCUUCAGCUUCUAGACAUGGCGACGGCCAAGCGAAAAAUUGAAAAUGCUCCAAACCCAGAUGGUGCAAAGUCAAUCCGUGGUUUGGACUUGCCCACCUAUGAUGGUGCUGGCCUGCGGAUCGGCAUUGUAAGUGCUAGAUGGAACUCCGUGGUGUGUGAUAGCUUGGUUGCAGGGGCGGUUGAAGCUCUGAAGUCCUGCAAUGUCACGGACAUCAUCACCGAGCACGUUGCUGGAUCCUACGAAAUACCGCAGGCAGCACAGGCGAUGCUCCUCACGGGUCACUUCGAUGGCAUCAUUUGUAUUGGCUGCCUCAUCAAAGGUGGCACCAUGCAUUUCGAGUACAUCAGCGAGGAGAGUCAUUUUCUUGCGUCCAGUUUCUGUCUUCGUCGCGGCUCCCAAACAGACCUGAACUGGACCACAGAAGAUAUUUGUGAACUUGGGUGCCAGGCUGUGACACAGGGAAUCAUGAGGCUCAACCUUGAUUUCAAGGUGCCUGCCAUUGGCUCAGAGACCGGGCUGGUGGUGAGCCAUUGGGCGUUUGUCGCCAUCGUCGUGGUCCGCAUCACCAGCCGCUUCCGCAGUUCCGUUUUGUUUGCAUCACCGGUUAAAGACCGCGUCUUGUUCAAUCGCCAAAUCGGAGGAAAGUAGAGAAAGCCAUGAGAAAAGAACGAACAACAAGCACCUCAGCACAUCUCACCCUCCUCAAGUGCAUUGGUUCGAUGUUGCGGAACGUGGUGAUCUCCUUGAUUGCUGAGGUGAUCUAUGGAAUCCUUGGUUGCCUCAACGAGGAGCAGGCGAUUUUGCCAUGUGUUGUGCGCUCAAUCGAAUGGAAGACCAGGCCCCAGGGCCCCGGACGCAAAACGUGCCGAAGACGAAGGGCAUAGGUAUAUAUC